UGAGCGAUGACGUAUAUUCCCUGCGACGCCAUCCCGCGCCUCUUCGUGUGUCGCACGUAAACAUUGCCGAUCGCUGCCUGUGAAGCUACGAGGAGGAAACGUGACUGGUCCGUGUGAAGAUGACCGUGUGCAGCUUCUUUCUGCAGGGCCGCUGUCGAUACGGCGAUAAAUGUUGGAAUGAGCACCCGAGGGGAGGAAACAGAGGAGGUGGAGGAGGAGGCGGAGGAGGAGGAGGAUACAACAGCAACUACAACCGCUCCUCUGGUCAGCAGCAGCCCAGAGGAGGAGGAGGAGGGUUUGGAAACAGAGUCUGGGUGAAUCCAUCCCAACAAAAAGGAGGCUACAUCCAACCUUCAUCCUUCUCCUCUCAUGGAAGUGAUAACUGGGGUCGAGGAGGAGGAGGAGGAGGAGGCGGAGGAGCCGACUGGGGUAGAGGCGGAGGCGGUGGGGGAGGCGGAGGAGCCGAUUGGGGUAGAGGGGGAGGAGGAGGUGGUGGUGGAGGGGGGAAUGACUGGGGCCGAGGAGGUGGAGGAAGACGAGAUAACGUGAAGAGCUCCGAAUUCGGCUUCUCCGGUCAAAACAGAUUUUCAGCGCUCGAUUCUCCCAGCACCUUUGACAGGGGAGGAAGAGGAGGAGGACAGCAGGUGGCAGCUGGGGAAGAAGAUGAUGACAAAAAACUGGAGAUCAUUCAGUUGGACAUGGACAUAUGGGAGAGUUCAGGACAGUGGGGCUUCUCGUGUUAUUCUAGCGCCAAGGCAUCUUUAUCUGGUUUCACUGAUCUCUCUCCAGAAGAGCUCAGGCUGGAGUAUUACUCCACGAGAGCUUCAGGAGAUCUGCAAGGCUAUGUGAAUGGUGUCAAUCAGUUGCUCAACCAGUGGAGAAGCAGAAUCCAGGAACUGAAGAUUAUGAGUCCAGCCACCCGCACAGCUUUGCUUGCUGAGUUAAACAAUCCGGUGCCUCAGGCAUCUUCAAGUGGCUUCAGUUCGACGACAGCGACUGGAUUUGGAUCUUCUACGUCCAGCUUUGGAAGCAAAGGCUUUGGGGCUCCAGCACCAGCCCAGGCCAGCGCUUUCAGUUUUGCUGCUGGAAGUGGGGGAUUCGAUUCCUCGGCGGCACCAUCAUCCUCAACAGGUUUCGGUAGUGCCUCGACAGCUCCUGCUCAGCCUCCCACUGGAUUUGGUUCCUCCUCCUCUGCUCUUUCGGCUGCAUCUUUCUCCUUCGGCGCUGCCACCUCCAGCACGCCUGCAGCAACUUCAGGAUUUGGUUCUGCCUCGGGGUUCAGCUUUUCCUCGACAGCAAACGCCGGAGGAGGAUUCGGGAGUGGUUUCGGGGCUGAAACACCUGCCGCACCAGGAAGCAGCAGCAGUACUUUUGGACAAACAAGUGGAGGGUUUGGGGCUCCACCUGCAGCAGGACCCAAGUCUACUGACGGGGCAUCGGACAGUCUGUUUUCACCUCAGGGUAACCUAACUCCAGAGGAACUGAAUCAGUUCAAGGCUAAAAGGUUCACUCUAGGUCAGAUACCUUUAAAGCCUCCUCCAGCUGACAUGCUGCUGGUAUGAUGAUUUUUGGAAUAAAGAGAUCAUUUAUAUAAAGUUAACAUUUUCUUCUGCAUAGUGCUUCAGUUUAAACCAAAGUCAAACUUGUUUUUAAGAUAGAUUUUAAGAGAUGUUGAGGUACUUCAGAUACAUUUUGGCAGAGAAAAGUCGCUUUGGUUCCAUCUAAGAUUUUUGUGUAUAUGUAAUUUAUGCUUCACGAUACACAGUACAUAUUUUUAACUGAAUGUCUUUUUAGGUUGGAAUGCAUUAACUUCACAAUUUCCCAUGUAUUGACAUAACCUCAGUUGUUAAGCAAAGUUUUUGAAGGUUUAUAUGCAUGUUUAUGAGAUCAAACAUUUAUAGUACAACAAAACAAUAAAAAAAAAAAUGUCUCAGA